CCUGGUCAUCGACACGUUGCAAGAGGUGGACCCCACCCGCAGGUGCUACCGCAUGGUGGGUGGGGUGCUGGUGGAGCGCACUGUCAAGGAGGUCCUCCCUGCCCUGGAGAGCAACAAAGAGCAGAUCAACAAAAUCAUCGAGAACCUGACCCAGCAGCUGCAGACGAAGGGCCAGGAGCUGAACGAGUUCCGGGAGAAGCACAACAUCCGCCUGAUGGGGGAGGAUGAUCAGAAACAGCCGCCCAAGGAGAGCUCUGACAGGGCAGGAGCCAAGACCAGCUCCGCCGGUGUCCUGGUCUCCUAGUAAGGACACUGUUGUGUCCGAGCCCUUUCCCAAAGGACUUUGUGCUCUCACCCUCCCCUCCCCUCCCCUCCCCCCCCCCAAACCUCUGAGGCUUAACUUUAUCAUUUGGUGUCGCUCUUGUAAUAUUUUUUGUUAAGUAAACAUUUUUCUGUCA